AGUAUCUGUAUACAGGACAGGUCCUCUCUAGAACCGGACCUCAAUUCAGGACCUCUCUAUAGGUCCUCUCGAUAGGAUCUCCACACAGGACCUCUUGUCUUUAUAGGUCCUCUUGGAGCGGACGACGGACGAGGGGCUGCAGGGUUUCGUUGUGAGAGAACAGCGAGCGGAGAUGGAGUGAUGGAGGAGCGGCUCGGCUGACGCUGCGGAGCUUAGAGAUCCUCCAAACCUCCGGUGAGCUCCGGGGUCCAACCCUCCAGUGAGCUCCUCCACCCCUCCGGUGAGCUCCGGGCUCCAACCCUCCGCGCGGCGGGUCUUCUUGUCCCGGGCGGGCCGCCGUCGACAUGGGCGAUCACGUGUCCAAGCUGAAGCUACUGUCGGCGACAGAUGGCGACAUGGAGGAGCGCUACUUCCUGAACCGCUGUCCUGACUGGGCCCCCACGGGGGUCGCAACCUCCGACCCCGAAGCCGACGGGGGGUCCAGAGAGCCGCUGGACGCCGACGGAGAGGUCAGUGCUGCGUUCCAGAAGAAGGUGCACAACAAGAUGACGGAUCUGCUGGAGCAGAUGGAGGAGGGCCUCAAGACCGCAGACCCCCAUGACUGCUCCACCUACACUGGAUGGACAGGUAUUGCCCUGCUCUACCUGCAGUUGCAUCGGGUGUCCGGUGAGGCCUCCCACCUGCAGAGGGCGCUAGACUAUGUGAAGAGGAGCCUGAGGAACCUCAACGGCCGCAAGGUGACCUUCCUGUGUGGCGACGCCGGACCCCUGGCCGUUGGGGCGGUGGUCUACCAACGGCUGAACCACACAGAGGACAGCAAGCAGUGCAUCACCAAGCUGCUCCUCCUGCACCCAGCGGUGGUGGGUCCGGACUCGGAGCUCCCUGACGAGCUCCUCUACGGCCGGGUGGGGUACCUCUACGCCCUGCUCUACGUCAACAAGGAGCUGGGGGCCGGCACGGUGGACGAGGGCCCCAUCAGCCAGGUGGUGUCGGCCAUCCUGGAGUCGGGGCAAAAGCUGUCGGCGGGGCAGAAGAAGGCGGAGCGAUGCCCCCUGCUGUACGAGUGGCACGGCAAACAGUAUGUGGGCGCGGCCCACGGGCUGGCCGGCAUCUUCUACAUGCUCCUGCAGCCAGGGGCGCGGGUGCCAGCCGACGUCCUGGCGGGCGUGGUCCGGCCCAGCGUCGACUGCCUCCGCCACAAGAGGUUCCGCUCGGGCAACUACCCGUCGUCGCUCAGCAACGAGAGCGACCGCCUGGUCCACUGGUGCCACGGUGCGCCUGGCGUCGUGCCCAUGCUGCUCAUGGCGUACCAGCUGUUUAAGGAGGAGAAGUACCUGAAGGAGGCGGUGGACUGCGGCGAGGUGAUCUGGCAGCGCGGGCUGCUGAGGAAGGGCUACGGGAUCUGCCACGGCACGGCGGGGAAUGGCUACGCCUUCCUCUCUCUGUACCGCACCACCCGGGAGAAGAAGUACCUCUACAGGGCCUGCAAGUUUGCUGAGUGGUGUUUAGACUACGGGACCCACGGCUGUCGCAUCCCUGACCGGCCCUACUCUCUGUUUGAAGGUAUGGCUGGAGCCAUCCACUACCUGUCAGAGAUGGCCAUGCCGGGAGACUCCCGCUUCCCAGCUUUUGAACUUUGAACCUGCCUUGACCCUGGGCCGUAGGGGUGAGGAACUGUGAGUGACGUCUUCCUGAGAGGACGUUGGAUGAAGGAGGCCACUGAAAUACUGGACUCUGUGUGGCCUCUCCUAGCAAUGAUGGCGGAGGGAAGGCAGAGAACACAAGGAGCCGAACCGGUGACUUUCAUUCGGACGUUUGGGACACGUCGUCUUGGUGAUCAAAGAAAUGUGUUCUAGUAUUUUGUUCUGGUCCGUCUGUUUUUGGAAGAUGGAAACCCUUUACUUUUGAACAGGCAUUCAGCCCAGCUGUUUCAUGUCUAACAACAAUAAAUAUAAGAAACAGCUGUACAUGGAAGGGGAACCACUUUAAAGGCGCUUUGUUGCUCUUUCAUCGCACAUGUUUAAACCAUAUUGUGCUUAAUAGCUGUGAAGUCUCCCAAAAGUUCAAUUUGUCCUUAUAGUAGUAGAAAUGUAGUUUAAAGUCCUGUGUUGAAUGUGUUUGGCCAGACAGUGCUGCCCUGGCUGUCUGUUUGGUUGCCUGUUACUAGCAGUCCUGUAAAGAAAGUGAGUCUCUAAAGCUUGCAUGCUUCUUGCUCAUUCAUUUAGUGCUAUUAACUCAGUGUUCUACUGCAAUUCAACACACAUCGUCUAAACAAAUUUCCUUCUCCUGCACUUUCGUCAUGUAAAGUAAAGGUUUUUUUUUUGUUUGUACUUCAACAGCCACUAACCCUAACCCUAGUAACUAACCCUACUAACCCACAUGUUGGGGUUUGCUGCCAUCUAGUGAUGCUGUUAUGAUGUUGUAAUGCAGUCAUGUUGCAGGUGUCUAUGUAUAAACAUUGAUCUAAGCUGCCCAAAAUGCAUGAUGGGUACUAUUAAGGAUCAGCUUGAAAACAGACAGUUCAUAUCUGGGACAUCAAGAGACAAUGAGAUGAAAAUAACAGAAGAAAUUCGUCUUUGAAUCUUCGUAGUUGGACUCAAGCUCCCAUACAGGGUUGAGUCCAUAGCGACGGUAAGAACUUCGGACGUUGGCUCGUCUGUUACCAAGCGGUGCCUUCACUGGCCUCCUGCUGUCCCCAGGCAGCUCCAUCAGGACCUGAACAGAUUCCCUCACUGGGUUGAGUUUAAAAUCCCUUUACGUGUUGAAAACAAACCUGGGAUGUUUUUGACACCAAAUACUGGUGGUCAUGUUGUGGUUUUCUCAAGUUCUACUAGCCGUGAGGCUCAGUGUGUCUGUCUGUCAGUGUAUCUGUCGGUCUGUCUGUGUGUUUGCCUGUCUGUCUGUGUGUUUGCCUGUCUGUCUGUGUGUUUGCCUGUCUGUCUGUGUGUUUGCCUGUCUGUCUGUGUGUUUGCCUGUCUGUCUGUGUGUUUGCCUGUCUGUCUGUGUGUUUGCCUGUCUGUCUGUGUUUGCCUGUCCGUCUGUGUGUUUGCCUGUCUGUCUGUGUGUUUGCCUGUCUUGUCAGUGUUUCUACCGGCUUCAGCCAAGCCAAAAAGAAGGUGAGUUUACUUUGCAUUCCUGGAGUCGACUUUAAUAUGUAAAUUUGUUUUGAUUUUUGAUUGUCAUGUUUGUCCAUCUUAUUCAAAAGAGAAUGGUUAGGCUUAAUGUUGUUCAUGAAAAAACCCGAUAUUAAAACAUGUUAAUAAAUAUCACUCCUCACA